GCGCGUUUGGCUUCGAUUGCCGACGGUACCAAAAGGUUGCAGGUUCGAGUCCUGCGGUGGUCACGUGCGAAAAGCUUUUCCUACUCAGAGGAGUCAGAUAUUGUAUUGCUUUUGUGUUGCAACGUCUUGUUGAUGCAGUCGCAUUGUCUCCAUAUGCUCAGCUUACAUGGGCGCAUGUAUGUGUGAAGCAUGACGGAAGCAAAGUGCGAGAUUCACGGGCUUGGUCGAUCAUUGCGAACUCGAAGCUUAGCUUGAUCGGCGGCGUUUCCUAGUAGCUACCAUAAACACUUAGCUUCCUCCAUGGACAAGGAAUGGGAGUAUAUCCGGUACUCCGACAUUUGAUCUCUGUGUCAUAAAGUCAGAAAGCGAGACAGGUGUAUGCUGUUGACCCGACUAUUGUCAUCGGCGACAGUUCAUGUUCUUCUUGCCGGCGGAACACCUGCUAAAAAUGACAGUCUCACUCCCAAACUAAGAUCGCUUGCAGGGUCUCCGUGAUGGUCGAAACCACUGGUGCAGAAAAGGACUAACUGUACUACUACUUCUACUAAGCACUUCCGCAUGCCGCUGUAUAUGUACCCUUCCCCACUGCCUGGUCUCCUCCUUGUCCCUCCACCCUCGUCGCUUUUGUUCUUAGGUCUUCACUGAAUCUGCGACCGAAAUAUGCCGUUCACUUGGAGGUUCGGUAAGAGGGUGUCUCCACUUGACAGUGUUACACUGGACCAUGUCAUCUCGGGCGAUACAUGUGCACCCAUAAGUCUGCCAGACUUUGAGGCGUAUUUGGCGCACAAGGAGUACUCCAUUGAGAACUUGCAUUUUCUGUCGUGGUACCAAAAUUACCGACGCAAGUUUUUUAACCUUCCUCAGCACCUCCAGGCACUCUCGCCUCCGCCUUCAUCUGUUUCUCAAAAGGACCACGACGCAGUCCCAUGUCCAAGUCCUGUGAAGACCGAAAUGCGUCUCGAAUCGUCGAAACGUAAUUUCGAGUCCUUCACGUUGGCUGCAGGUCCUGAUGGCAUGCUUGCUGCCGGAGCGUCACCAAUAUCACCGACGUUCUCCACGUACUCGGCUUCUUCCUCAAACAAUAUCUCAUCACCCCUUGCAUCACCUACUAAGUUCCAAUCGUCUCAACCAGACUCAACUAUUUCCUCUCCCACACUGUCUUCGACGCUCCUCGCUUCCUCGGCGGGGUUCGAGAGCGUCAACGGUGUGAGAAAGGAAACUCAGCCGUUUAGACAUGAAUGUAUGUGUGUCGUACAGACGUUUGUCAAGGCUGCGAGUUCCAAGGAGAUUAUGGUGGAUGGGCGUAUCAGAGAUAUGGUCAUCAGGGACUUGACCUGGAGUACGCAUCCAGACAUCUUUUUACCGAUAUACGAACAAGCGUACGACACACUCGCAGCAGUCUCCUUGCCACAUUUCCUCACCCUCUCUGCGACCAACGUUAAUCGGCCCAAAGCGUUCUUCUGGCUAAGCGUCGGGACGCUUAAUCUCACGAUCGCCCUCCUCAUCUCACUCGCCACCAUACUGAGUAUAGAUGAUUACACGUUAAGGAAGCGAGUGACUGGAGGCUGGGAUAGCGGUGGAGAAAGUCGACUUGCGAAGGCGAGAGCCUGGAGGUUGUUUGCGGUGCCGUUUGCGACGUUGGGUGGGAUGCAGUUCUACAGUGCUUAUAAAGGAUUCUGCAGUGACGUCUGGGGUCGCGGACGUACCCAACUCAGACCUUGGGAACUUGACCUCGUCGAAUUCGACGGGACGUUCGACGACAACGUUUCCUUCCCUGAGAAAAUGCCUGAUCCAGAGAAAGGGAUGAAUGUCGUCGGGAUGGAUAAAACGCGCUCGAGCUCGUCUUCCGGUUUCGCCAACAGAAAAAGUGAGGAUAAAGUGUUCCCCAAGGUCUCCGGAGAGUCCACUCCAAAGAGGACGUCUAUCAAGAGAAUACCUCCUCCUAGGAUCGAUACCGGGUUAGCAGAGGAAAUGAAUCCACGCAGACGUAAAGAAGUCUGGGAGAAAGAUGCCUCUGUCGCGGUCAAUGUCCAGGGCAUGACUUUGCCAUCUACAGUUGAUUUAGGUCCGCCUUUCGACUGUCCUCUACCUGCUCAAGAUCCAGUGCAAGGAUCAGCACAAGACCAUUCAUUUCCACCUCUCACCGACCCGCAGUCAACGCACGGGUCCCAUUUUGGAGAUGGCAAGAAAAUCCCGAUGUUCGGUCCGGAGAGAGUGGUACUUGACAAGAGGAUUGCUGCGGUUCAUCGACAGGUGUUGGUGGAUAUGCUUUGGAUUGGACUGGUUUGGGGGUGCUUGUUUACUGUGCUUUUGUUAGGCGUUCCGGGGAGGAGGUGGUAAUGCUCAUGUGGGUUGAAGGUUUUUGGUUUGCUGUAGUAUAGUAUACCAUGUCUUGAAUGAACGUUGAAAUUGUUGCGCUCGGUGACCAGGCAUGGCCGCGCCUUCAGCCUGCAUAGCUUGUUCGAGGAACUAAGUGAGAGAUUUACGCCGUUGUGACUUUUUCUGACAUUGUUCGUUCGCAGCAGCGUCCAGGUACGGUAGAAAGUGAUUAUGGAUCAUUUGGGCGCGAUGAGAGCGCAGACCUCGAUUGAGCCUCCGAGGGUCAGGGGAGGUCUUAGCCUAAUAUUUAGACGUAUUAUGUUCUCCUCGCAUGUUGUGCGAGACGACCAGUAAAAAUUGAAGAAGUUGUUAUUUGUCACAAAGUC